AUGGACCGCACCAACCGUACCGAGGGGCGCAGCGACAACUUCCACCCCCGCCGGCUGCUGCUGAGUGGACCGCCCCAGGUGGGUAAGACGGGGGCGUACCUGCACUUCCUUGGCAUCCUGUCCCGCAUGCUGAUCAGACUGAUGGAGGUGGACAUCUACGAUGAGGAGGACAUCCACUGUAGUGCGCAUGUGGAGGGCGUGCAGUACCACCCAGCCGGGACCCCCUGGCCCAUCCCGGAGGUCAUGAGGUCGAUGCCCUUCGACUACACCGUCCACGACCCCAAAUACGACGACGUCAGCAACGUGUACUGCCCCGGGCACAAGCCCAGCGCUGACGCCGAGCCGCCGCGGCAGGAAGACGUGUACCUGCGCCGGCGUACGUCCCGGAUGAAGCUGUCCAAGCACGCCGCCUACAACACCUACCACCACUGUGAGCAGUGCCACCAGUACAUGGGCUUCAACCCCCGAUACCAGAUGUGCGAGUCCUCGCUGCACACCUUCACCUUCUCCCACCUGCAGCUGGGCGACGAAAUCCAGCUCUUCUUCAUCAUCCCCAAGUCCAAGGAGCACUACUUCAGCUUCAGCCAAUCAGGAGGCCAGCUAGAGAGCCUCAGACUGCCCCUCACCUCCGAAUGGAGCCCCGACUGCAUCAAGAGCCCCAUCUUCAUGCCCACCACGGGGCGCCACGAGCACGGCCUGUUCAACCUGUUCCACGCCAUGGACGGCGCCGCUCACCUCCACAUCCUGGUGGUCAAGGAGUACGAGAUGCCCGUCUACAAGAAGUACUGGCCCAACCACAUCAUGCUGGUCCUGCCCAGCGUCUUCAACGGAGCCGGCAUAGGUGCCGCCCACUUCCUGAUCAAGGAGCUGUCCCACCACAACCUGGCCCUGGAGCGGUCCCGCCGGCAGGAAGGCGGGGGCCCCCCGGGGGACGUGUGGCCCUUCGUGGUGGUCGCCGACGACUCCUGCGUCAUGUGGAACGCGGUGGACGUCGACGCGCGCGGCGGCCAGGUGGAGCGCGGGGCAUCCCUGAAGCAGGUGCUGCAGACCAUGGAGGCCUGCCCCGACCUCGCCCACCUCGGCCUCUGUGGCCUCCGGAAGUGGAACAGCCGCGGACUCAAAGGUCACCGGAGCCGCGAGCCCUUCCACCGCGGCCAGCUCCACGACUUCCUGCUGGUCAACGUGGACCUGUGCCGGGACGUCCCGUACGACCAGCACCGCUUCAGCUGCCACGACGUGGACUUCGCCCUGCGGGCGCACAGCGCCGGCCUGCUGCUCUGCCGCUUCAACGGCUUCAGCGUCAUGAAGAAACAGAUCGCCAUCGGAGGGUACCGCACCUUCAUCAUCAAGACCAAGAUGACGGACGUGCCCACCUCCGUGGGGCCGCUGCAGUACGUGUGCGCCCCCGACAGCAAGCACCUGUUCCUGGCCACGCCCGCGCGGCUGCUCCUGGAGAGGUACCUCCAGCACACGGGCCACCAGCUGUUCCCCCUGGGCACCCGGGGCCACGCGCACCCCGUCCUGUCGGUGGACUGCUUCCUCAACCUGGGGCCCGAGGUGACGGUGUGCUUCGUGAGCUCCAGGCCCCACUCCCUCAACCUGAGCACGGCCGGGCUGCUCUUCAGCGGCCUCCUGCUGUGCUUCACCGACUCCUGCGUCACGCCCUCCUUCCUCAAGAAGUUCACCUUCCUCCAAGGGGCGACCCUGUGUGUGAUCUGCGCUGACCGCAGCUCCCUGCGCCAGGCGGUGGGCCGUCUGGAGCUGGAGGACGAGUGGCGCUUCAGGCUCAGCGACGAGUUCCAGACCGCCAACGCCAAGGAGGACCUCCCGCUCUUCUUCCUGACCGGGAAGCACAUCUAG